GCAGCGUAUCCCGGUAGUACUUUCUCCUGGAAGCAUGCCACUUUGGAUUUCAGUAUGUUUUACAGCAGAAGCAGGUUUCAUUGUCAACAUCACGCAUUCAUAAUAUGCCGUGUGAAGUGGCAGCUCGGUUCUUAAUAUUGUACGGAUCUCAACGCGGUCAGGCUCAAUCCAUAGCCGAAGAUAUUUGUGAACAAGCAGUCGAGCAUGGACUUACAGCUGACAUCAGUUGUCUGAGUAACGUGGAAAAGUACAACGUGGAAAACGAAACUCGCCCAGUUCUUUUUGUGGUUUCCACGACCGGUGAUGGUGAUCCUCCAGAUACAGCUCAGAAGUUUGUGAAGAAGAUCAAGAAUAAAUCUCUGCCACGUGACCACCUCUCCCAUCUGCAUUAUGCACUCUUAGCUUUGGGAGACACAAACUAUUCACAUUUCUGCAACUGUGGAAAGACUAUUGACAGCCGUCUGCAGCAACUUGGUGCAAAACAUUUCUAUGCAACUGGGCAUGCAGAUGACGGUACUGGACUUGAAGUAGUGGUGGAUCCUUGGAUUGAAGGCCUCUGGGAAGCUCUGAAGAAGAUAUUGGCCAUUAUGUCGACUGUAGAUCAACAGGCUGCUGCCAACAGUGAAUGUACUCAGGACAGCUUUCCAAAACAUGACUCCACUCAGGAAAGAAACAUGUCAGAUCUAGUGGUCGAUCUUCAACUUUUAAAGCUUAGUGAAGUGGAAAAAGAAAAGACAGCUAGGUCUGACAGCAGUGUUGAAGAAACUCAGUCUACCACUUCGGUUGCUUCUCUGAAGCAUUCUGUACCACCAUUGUCAAAGUCUGUUCUUAAUGUUCCUGCACUGCCACCUAAAUAUUUGGAGGUACUUUUGGAGCAGGUGUCAACUGAAGGGGAAACAGUCCCAGCUGAUAAAGAAGGAUAUUGUGAAGUGCCUGUUUCAAAAGCAGUUCAGUUAACUCAAGGUGAUGUGGUGAAAACUGCCAUCUUGUUGGAGCUCGAUAUCUCAGAUCAGGACAUGGCUUAUCAGCCUGGGGACUCCUUUGAUGUUCUCUGCCCAAAUAGAGAAAAUGAAGUUGAAGAGCUGCUUGUGAGACUAGGGCUGCAAAUGCAAAAGAAUAAUGCUGUUCAGCUCCUCCUACUUAAAAACACCAGUAAGAAAGCAGCAAAAGUUCCACUUCACGUCCCACAGAACACUUCUUUGCAGUUUAUUCUCACCUGGUGUUUGGAGAUAAGGAGUGUUCCAAAAAAGGCGUUUGUGCGGUCGUUGGCGGACUGCACUCAGAACAGUUCAGAGAAAAGAAGACUUCUGGAGCUGUGUAGCAAAGAAGGCUCAGCAGACUACAACUGCUUUGUUAGGAAUGCCAAUGUGUGUGUGCUGGAUCUCCUCCGGGCCUUUCCUUCCUGCCUACCUCCUCUCAGCCUUCUUUUUGAACAAUUACCAAAGCUUCAGCCCAGAGCCUAUUCUGCUGCCAGCUCCAGCCUUCAACACCCUGGGAAAGUUAAUUUCAUGUUCAAUGUUGUGGAGUUCCCUGCAUGUCCGGAGCAUCCAGCGAGGACGGGCUUGUGCACAGGCUGGUUGGCUGAUCAUGUCUCCAAAAUCUUGCUGCCCCUCGAGACGAAACUGGCUUCAGAGUGUCUUGGCACAUCAGCCCAGCCGAAGGUAUAUGUGAGGCCUCAUCCCAGCAGCAACUUCCACUUGCCUAACGACCCCUCUGUUCCCAUAGUGAUGGUGGGACCUGGGACUGGCGUAGCACCCUUUAUUGGCUUUCUCCAGCAAAGAGAGAAGGAGCGGGAGGAAAACAAAGAAACCACAUUUGGAGAGACAUGGCUCUUUUUUGGCUGCCGCCAUAAAGACAAAGACUUUCUUUUCAGAGAUGAGUUGGAGAAUUUAGUGCAUAAUGGAACCCUGAGCCAUCUGAUUGUGUGCUUCUCCCGAGAUGUUCCUGAUGCUGUUAACAGACCAAGAUAUGUCCAGCAUAAUUUGCUGCUUCAUGCUAAAAAUGUUGCCAGCAUCCUCCUUAAAGACAAAGGCUGUCUUUACAUAUGUGGGGACGGAAAGAACAUGGCAAAGGAUGUGAAUGACACUCUACUGGAGAUCAUAGGGAAUGAACUUCAGCUGGAUAAACUGGAAGCUAUGAAGACAGUAGCAGGACUUCGUGAGGAGAAGCGAUAUCUACAGGACAUCUGGAGCUGAGAGCACACACACACACACACACACACACACACACACACACACGUUGGUGCAGCUAUCAUUAUGAGGACUCUCCAUAGACAUAAUGAUUUUUAUACUGUACGAACUAUAGAUUCUAUCCCCUAUCCCUAAACCUAACCCUCACAAAGUUUUUUCUACAUUUUCAAUAAAACUUUAUUUAGUAUGUUUUUUUUUUUUUUUUAAGCAAUUUGAAUUAUGGGGACUCUAGAAAUGUCCUCAUAAACCACAUUUAUAGUAAUACCCUUGUAAUUACCAGUUUGUAACCUAAAAAAACUCCUUGUAAACCACUUAAACCCACACACACACACACAAAUAGCAUCAUUUUCACAGACACAGAUGUGCCAGCUACUUUUCUGCCGUUUGAUUUAAUAUGUGCACCACAGAUACCAUUGAGUUAUAACUGAACACAUUAACUAACAGCUUUUCAACUGGAAAAAAAAGUUUAAAAGUCUCAAGGGUAUUCACAUUCUUUCAAGUAUUUUAAAGGCUUUUAGAGAAUGAUCUGAGUGUACUGUCAAACAUACUGAGAUUAGCUGUGCUUAGUCAAAAUGUUUUAUUGCUCAUUUAUGUCAUUAUUAAAUGGAGCCCUUCGUCACCAUUUCAUUCUUUUAUAGACUUAUUAGUAUGGUUCAAAUACAGUUUUCAGUUAAAAAAAUGUAAAAGUAAAAUAUACAUAUUAAUGCAUAAGGCAGGAGUCGGUUUACCAAACUGCACAGACUGAAGCACCGCCUGCUAGAUGCAAGAAAAAGAAACGUGACAGACUGGAUGAGAAAAAUGUCAGAAGCUGCCAAAUUAAAGAUUAUCUUCAGCAUUUCUUUUUUUCAAUUCCAACAGUUUUUACUAAGUGCAGAGGAUACUCAAACAUCCCCCCCUCCCCAAAACCUUUUGUUUUUUAUGUUUAAAAUUCAUCUCAGUUAUACACAGCAAUUCUGCCAUUUUACAGAGUUGUAUUGUGCAUUGUAAAACCCAAUAUUUUAUCAGGUCUAUAAAGUAAACAUUUUAAUUGUGUAUAUACCUCUAUAUCUGUACUAAAGAGGAAAAAAUAAAAGGCAUACAAAAGAAAAAUGAUUGGUAGAUGGGGCAGUGGUGGCUCAGCGGUUAAGGCUCUGGGUUACUGAUCAGAAGGUCGUGGGUUCAAGCCCCAACACCACCAAGACACCACUGUUGGGCCCUUGAGCAAGGCCCUUGAACCUAUCUGCUCCAGGGGCGCCGUAUCAUGGCUGACCCUGCACUCUGACCCCAGCUUAGCUGGGAUAUGUGAAAAAUAAAUAAUUUCACCAUGUAUAUGCAGAAAUGUAUGUAUAAUGUGUGACAAUUGGUCAAAUUGGUCAAAUUAGAUGUAUAAAAUAACUCUUGCUCUAGGGUUCGUCCUGGUACCAAAAUUUCAGUUGUUGAUACCAAUUCCAGUAAACCGAGAUUAAGUGAGUUUUUGGCAGGUUGUGUGAUCCUUAAAGGAAUAGUUCACCCAAAAUUGAAAAUUCACUCAUCAUUUACUCACCUUCAUGUCAUCCCAGAUGUGUAUGGCUUUCUUCUGUAGAACACAAAUGUAAGAUUUUUUGACAAAUAUUUCAGCGCUGUAGGACCAUACAAUGCAAAUGAAUGGUAAUCAGGCCUUUUCAAGCUUCAAAAAGCCCAUACAUGCAGCAUAAAAGUAACCCAUAUGACCCCAGUGAUUAAAUAUAUGCAAUAUAAUAUGUGAAGCAAUAUAAUAUGUGUGGAUGAGAAACAGAUCAAUAUUUAAAUACUUUUCUUUAACCAUAAAUCUCCACUUUCACUUUUAGAAUAUGAAGUGAAAGUGAUAGUGGAGAUUUAUAGUAAAAAACACUUCAAUAUUGAUCUGUUUAUCAGAGUAAUAUGGAUUACUUUUAUGCUGCCUUAAUUAGCUUUUUGAACCUUCAAAGAUCUGGUCACCAUUCACUUGCUUUGAAAGGACAUGCAGAGCUGAGAUAUUCUUCUAAAUAUCCCUUUAAUUUGUCAGACCCUGUAACACCAGCAUUAGACUACUGAAAUGACUGAAAUGAGUCUUCAUCUCAUGUGAAUAUGCAUGAAUUUAAACAAACUGUUUUUCAAAAGUUCUAUUCAUUUCUUUAUGUGGAAAACUUAAUGAGGGAAAGAUUACAGUGUACACCUGUAAAAAUGUAUCAAGUAAUUAUUCAAAUAAACUGUCAGAAAUUAAAAUAAAGAAAAAACAAAUGACAAACAAAAGAACAAGUUAUAAAAAUGAUGGACAUUGCCAGGGAGAGAUCUGAUAUUUUAACACGUUUUUUUCUUUUGUCCUGAUUGUUUACAUUCAAUGCAAACUCAGACAGUUAGAAUUUAUGUGACAGUUUUGCAAGAAGGACAUUUUGAACUCUUCACAUGCAUCACUGCAUAUAAGCAUUUGAGCGAUCCAAAGCAGCUGCUUGUUAGCACUGAGCACCAAAUUGACUUGGAACUACUCUGUACUACUAAUUCAAUAAAGCUGCAUUAUGUAAUUUCUAUGCCACUAGUGCCACCGAACGGAAUUGCAAAAAGAAAUGUUUGUUUUCAAACAGCUUUUUGAACACUCCACUUGUCAGUGGUUGAUCGAACAAACAGAUAAUACUGCCCCCAACUCAUGCCAUUGCUUGAGUCAAUGUUAUUAUGUCAGUAUUGACGGGUCGCUCAAAACAAUCAGUGGAAUUUUUAUAGCUCCACAGAGACACAGUGUUUACAGUUUCUAGAAAAUUAACCUACAAAUGGCCUACAGUUGCCUCUGCAUAUUAUGAUGGGAUGAGAGAAAGUAUUUUAACACAGAAAAAGUUACAUCAGCUUUAAAAACUGGCAGUGUUUUUUUAUUUUAUUUUAGCACCAACUUUGUACCCAAAGUACCCAUAUUUUUAUAAGUGGACCUCAAGGAACAUUAUAAAAUAAAAAUCUAAUUCACGACACCUUUUUAAACAUUUUUUUAAACCACUCUAUGGCUAAAUAUCACUAUCUGCGAUAUUUCAGCUUUUCUUUAUUCCCAUACCUGGUGGUAUUAUUCAUCAUCUUUAUGACUUUUCUUUCCAUGCGUCUCAGACUACUCUUGUCUCAAGUGUUAUUGCAUAAAGAACAGACGUAAUACUUUUCUGCUCUGUCCGUGUUCUUGAUGUCUGGUAAACACUGAUUGUGCACGAGGACUCUUGAAGGCGAUGAUUCAUGUCAACAUUCCAGAGGGUCAGAAGGCUAAUGAGACAGUGUAAUCAUGAAUAAAUAAUUAUAGUAUCCGUCACCCCAGGAGGUUAUGGAAUGGUUAUGAACACAAACCCUUAAAGAGAUAAAAAUUCUCAUAAUUUACCUCCAUUUUGUUUCAAACUCUUAUGAUAUUCAUCCGUGGAAUAAAAGUAGAUGUAAGGCAAAAUGACAGUCUCAGUCGCUCUUCACAUUCAUUGUUGAGUGAAAAAAAAAAAAGAUGCAAUGUAAGUGAAUGGUGACUGAGACUUUCAUUCUGCUUAACAUCUUAUUUUGUGCUGCAUGGUAGAAAAAAUGUCAUCAACAAAGAGUGAUUACAUUAUGACAAAAAUGUAUCUUGGUGAACUAUCUCAAAUCAGUCAUGAACAUCAAAAUGUAUAAAAAAUUGUAAAUGUUGUUCUGUUGCUGAGUGUUCUCAUGCUUUGAGUAUGAGAAGUGAUUCGGGAUGGUUGUGACUUUAUUAGUUCUAACUGCGGUGCUUAAAAUGUAA